ACAGAGCGCCCAGACAAAAGGGAUACGGAUACGGAUACGGAUCGAAAGCAGCUUUCCAGAGGCCUUCAAUUCGAGAGGAACGACAACGGAUGGCAACGCCCAAAGGGAGGGACAGGGAUACGGAGUACAUGGCAGCGCCUACAGGGAUUACAAAUGUGGCAGUGGGCGUGGGUGGUGGUGUGCGUCGACCCACUGCCCGGGCCACCGCUGGCAUCCAGCGACGGCGUGUCGUGAAGAAGCACAUCCAACAGAAGUACAUGCUCUGCGGCUUUGCAAUACACGCCUUUCUGGCAACGCCGGCCUACUUGUACGGCAACGUUGUGGAAUCGGACAAGGAUCUGGUGCUGCGUAUUUGGCCCGCCAUUGUCUACCAGGCGACGGGCGAGCUCUGCCGCUCGAUUAUGGAGCAUCUGGACACAGAGUAUGGGGGUCGCUCCAGGGAGACGACACAGUACCGGCGAGUCUUCCUGCUGGCCACCCUCAUUGCCUGCCUGUCCCUGAUGAUAAGCGGCAUUUUGUUCUCCUCCGCCUGGAUUGUGGUGACCACCACCACGCAGGCGGUGGCCAUUGUCUUCUAUGGCUGCUUUGCGGGCAUUGGCUCCAGCCUGUAUCUGUGGAAGACCCAUGUCAUACUGGAGGCAGUGCGUCCGCGGGAGGACAAAUAUGUGCGCAAGACGAUCCACCUGUGCGGCGAGGCCUUCUGCCAGCUCUUCCUCUCGUUCGUCUUCACCAGCCUGCGCACCCUCUAUGGCACCGCCCAGUCGAUUGUCCUGAUGUCCGCGCUGCUGGUCAACCUCAUACCCCUCAGCCUGAUCAUCACCAAGCAUCGGGAGGAUGCCUUCACCACCAAGCGCAUAUCGGUGAUCAAAGCGGAGACGGGUUUUGGCGCCCUCCCACUGCGAGCGGCGCUUGCGGCCAAUUUGGUGGCUGAUCAGAUGGAUGGCCUGGAGAUGCUCUCGUGGCGCAAUCCCGCCACGGAGAUGGUGGCCACACCUGGGGCGGCUGUGGUGGCCGCCGCCGUUGUGGACACGCACAGCAACUAUAUGCUGGCCACGGAUGAGGCGUAUGUGACGUAUGUGAAUCCCAAUGGCGUGGAGAUCAUGGAGAUCAUACCCGAGGAGGAUGAGACGGUGUCCAUGAUGCGCUCCAGCAAUGCCACCAUCGAUAACUAUGGCAUGUCCGUGUCCCAGAUGUCACACAAGUCCCUAUCCAAUGGCCGCCUCUAUCCGCAGAAUACGCCGCUCAAUCCGGGCACAGGCACGGGCAACUCCUCCCCGCUGCCACCCACCAAUCAUGCCAAUCUGCAUCGCAUACGUCGCAUGUCGAGGGCCGUGACCUCACAUCUAUGGUGGAAUCUGCUGGACAAGAUUGCCAUGCCGCUGCAGCAGGCGCUGCUCGUGCCGCAGCUGUAUGCCACCACCCUGCUCCUCUCGGCGGACAUUUUCAGCUAUGUGAUGUGCCUGACAGUGCUCCCCGGACUGGCGGUCUCGCACCAUGCCCUCAAAAAUGCUGAGAUUCCGUUUCUGUUCUCGCUGCUGGCCUUCCCCUGGAUGUGCUUCUCGCUGAUGACGCCUCGCUUCGGGACGAGCCUCUACAAGCACAAGCUCCAGUGGCACACCAUGGGCAGCAUAUGCAAGUGCCUGGCACUGAUCUUCAUCAGCUUCUCCACGUCCAAGCUCCUGCUGAGCGUCUCCGCUGUAUUGCUGGGCUUUGGCCAGGUGGUCACCGCCUUUCUGCAGGAGCUCGUCUUCCAGAUGGGCAUGACGCGGGCCAAUUGGACGGCCAUACGGCGGCCAGUGCACUUCACCAACGGCCUGCUGAUCCUCGUUUGGGGCGCCCUGGCCCACUGGGUGGUCGUGCGGUACUCCUUCCAAGCCACAGUGGGCCUAGCCGGGGCCCUCUACGGAGCGACAACACUGCUCUGGAAUUUCCUCUUCUUCUGCUGCCAGGGCAGCGAUUAGGUUCAGUCUUCCUUCUGCUCCUCCUCCUCCUCCUUCUGCUUCCCCACUUCCUUCGUAUCUCUUGGGAGCUGUUGUUGCUGUUCUUGUGCUUUCCGGUUGUAGCUCGUUGGUGAUAUUACAAAAUAAAGAAAUUAACUAAAGAAAACGAGA